AUGGCAUCGUCACAGCUCGUGCGUGAGUACAGACGUACAAAUGAAACCGUCCAAAAAACGCACGUCGAUAUCAAACUCAAGAAAUAUGAUAUCAGCUUGGGGCUUGACAUUCCAGAUUUCGGAGUCGUUUCAGGCGAGAUUGGAGUGAGCGUUUCUGAGUCGCUUGAAACUAGCAAGCGGCUCAAAUCUUCUGCGUGGGUCCUCCUUGCCCAUAGAACCUUCAAGGCAUCGUUGCAGCCGAGUCUGGCGGGUCAAAUCGGGUUUUCCGAGCAAUGUGUGGCGGAGGUGGAUGCAAUUGGUAUCUUUUUCCCGGACAUACAAUCAGAGGCCAUCCGUAUCUGCUUCACUGCCUGGCUAGGUUACGCAUGCGCUAUGGAUGAUGUUCUUGAAACCAUGCCGCCGUUGGAAGGCGAAGCUGAACUUCUUCGCUGCAUUGACGUCAUGAGAACGGGCGCUUCAUCUACCUUUGUGCGAUCGAAAGUAGAUCCAAGUAUUCAGGAUAUGACAAGGUCUCUUCGCUGCCACUGUAUUCGGCAACUAUCUGAAAGAAGCUUCCAUGCCUUUAUGGAAGCUGUUUGUACGGUCCUACGAGCCCAUGUCGACGAGACACGCUUUCUUCAAGGUCGAAUAACCAACGAAUUGUCAACUUACAUGAAAAUUCGCAGUCGUACCAUUGCGUUAGACCCAUUCUUCGAAGUUAUCAAAACCGAAUACCUGCCAACAGGGAUGAACCAAGUACCGCAUUAUUGGCAGAAACUACAGCACACCGUGUCUACCGCAGUGGGGCUCCAGAAUGAUCUGAUCGGUCUUGAGCGAGAUAUUCAGAAUGGCGAACCACUAAAUGCGGCGAUCAUAUUGAUGCGAGACUAUGGAAGCGACUUGAAGGAGCUGGAUGAGGCGCUGCUCUCCGAAUGUAUCAGCCGAGUGACUGUCGAGCAUAAUCGACACGUUGCUCAAGCUCUUGAGCUCGUCGCGGAGGUGUACGAGUUGAACGGCGCUACGGGUUCAGAUUCUAUCCUUGAGGUCGCUAGACAUAUUUUGAUGAUCUGCCAGACGCAUUUGAGGUGGUUCUCCUUCAAAUCUAAGGGUUGCCAUCUGACAUCCGUGAUUAAGCUGUUCUAUUGGCUCUGCUCAUGGUCUCUGCUCAUGCCUUCUGGUCGCCAUUUCGAAUUGCUCCAGGGUCAAAACCGACUGUCGAACUGA